UGUGAGGUGAUCACGUACGCAUUGCACUCACUAUAAAUCAGUGUUUAUUUUUAGUAGAGGCUUCGAAGAUUUUCAGAAAUACUUGUAAAUACGCGCGUUGUAGCCAAGAAAUGUAGAAAUUUACAAUUUAAUCCAACUACGAAUGGCCGUUCGGAACAAUUUAUGCGAAAAUUCUGACUAUUGAUAUUCAAAACUGCCCGUAUCCAUAUAUAGUGAAAACGAACUCUCAGACGCAAAUAUAUUCAACAGAACCACGAGCAUCCGUAAUUCGUUUACUUGGCUUUGAGUGUGCGUACCUGUCACAAUAUACAGAUUAACACACGGAACGAAUCAAACAACAGUCGAAUCGAACGCCAAUAAUACUGCCGACGGAGUGUUUAUUUUUCUUUUCGACAGUAGAUACCUUUCCAUCGAAGUAUUUUCAUUAAUCGAACACAGUGUAUUAUUAUUUGAAACUUAAACAAUAGCGCGAAACACACAGUGUUGCCACAAACCUACUCGUCGAAUCAAGCCAAUAUUGUUUUAUACUUUCUCUUGUUUCGUUCUAAUUAGGUACUCACGAAAGCUUCGGUUGGUUCUAAUCUUAAAAGCCGAACGUUAUUUAAAAAAAGAAAACGGGGAAAGGGAUAUUUCGAAAUAUAUUCGGAAUUUCACGAAAAAAAUUGAAUGAAUUGUGCAUAUAAGUUGUGCAUGAGUCCCGGCAUCGUGAGACAGUGUUCCGAUUUUUAAAAUUUCUUUUUGGAAUACAUUGUGUACUGAUUGUGUAAGAUGCAUAUUGUGUGCAAAUGUUUGAACGUGUCCAUUAAAUCCAGGGGCACUGAACUACAAAAGGUCAACAUUGACGAUAUUGAAUUGACACCUCAAGAGCAGACCGACGGUUUCUUUCGUCAGAAUCUUGCAACAAUAUCAGAACUUGAUGGUAUCACUAAAGAACAACCAGGUUUAGUGGAGAUAAGGAAUGUAGGAUCAUGGGUUAUUCAUCGUUGUUAUAAUUGCUCAAUGUACACACAUGCUAUACACAAAGAUUAUGGUGCUGCUUUAGUUCUUAUUAAUAGUGAUAUUGUUACUUCGACCGAAGAAAUAAACAUAUUAAAGUCCAAUCCAGAUUGUAGUCCAAUAUUUAGAAUAAUACUUGCUCACAAUACUUUGGAUGAAUUUGAUUACCUGCAGCCCACCAAAUUUUCUGUAUCACAGCUACCCAACAAUAUACAAGUGGCUUUGGGUGGUCUCCAAAAGCAGCUCGAAGAAGCUGUUCAACGACAGUCUGCAGAAAUAGAAGAUAAAAUUCGUGUUUUCACAUCAGAGCAGUAUCAAUUAUUAGAGCAGUUCCGUGAGAGAGCUCAUAAGGAGCACAGAAUAUUAACAAGGUUAAUAUCCAAAGAAGAGGAAACAAAUAGAUUAACAAAUAAUAUAGAAACACCUCCUACAACUCCAGAUAGUUUUACAACCAGUUUAACUACCUCUACAGCUAAUAUGGUAAAUCCGAUGUCACAAGUAAUAUCAGACGAAACAAAAAUUAUUACUGGUCCUAAUGUUAAACAUGAAGCAGGUGCUAAAUAUUCUCCUAAUAAUUCUCUUGUUAAUGGUAAUGUAGAUAAGAAAGAUCUAUUAUACAGAUAUACUAAAGAACAAACUAGUUUUGACACAGAAGCUUUAUUUCCGUUGGAAGGAAUGGAAGAAUCCCAGAUUAUUAACCCUGUUCAAUCUUCGGAAGAAGGAUCUGAUACAGAUGAUUCAGGCCAAGAUGAAGGUAUUCACAUGCCAAGAGGACAGAGAGGUGGACAUCCAACAUUAGCUAAAUCAUUACCAGUUAGUGUUCCAUCUUUUCCUUCGUUUGUACGUAGAACAGUUCAAGAUCAGGAUGAUGAUCAGUUGUCAAGAGAUCCACAUGAUCCACAUAAUAUACGAGCUUCAAUUAAAGCUUUAGCUAAGAGCGUUCAUGGCGAUACAGUAUUUGGAGACUUGCCACGUCCUCGAUUCUCCACUCAAAUCUGACUUUGCAACAAUUUUAAAGAAAGAGAACGAGUUUACGAUAAGAAAAUAACAUACAUAUAAAGUACCUAUUAUCCGUAAUUUGUCUUUCAGUGAAUGCUACAAGAGAUUGAUGUAUGCAAAGACAGAAAAUAAACAUAGAAGUCUAUAGACGUAUUGAUAUUUUGCAUAUUUUGAAUACAUUUUAAAGUCAAAAUGUUUUUCAAAUCAUGACUUUGUUAGUUUGUUCAGUUAUUUUGUACAAUGGAAGGAUUUUUAUAUCUGCUGUGUUUCGAAGCUGUAAAAUAGAUGUGCUAUAUGUUUAUUAUUGGUCAUGUAACGUAUAAUUUAACGAAAUUUUUAGAUUUCAAAAAGGAGUACAACGUGAAAUUUAUGAUGCCAUAUCUGAAAUAAAAUCAAUCUAGAAACAAAUUAAGGAACAACAAAGAAAGUUUCUUAUGUAUCAAUUAGUAACUAAGCUAUUGGAACGAUAAUUUUACUAUGAUAGUUAUUAUUUUUACAACGUACUAUUAUCCUUAGCUAUAGAAAAACUCAUCAUAAGUUAUGUCAAUAACUUUAAUAACAGAUUAUUGUUAUAGACUGCACUCAUGUUAUACAUAAUGUUUUACUAUAUUACAUCAGUUCUUCAUAUUUGUUCAGUUUGUUUAGAAUAC